CGCUCCUCGGGAAGGUUGGCCAUCCUGCGGCAUCAGCUGAUCGCACUUCAGUCAAACGCGAAGCAUCGGAGGAGAAGGACGUUCAGCUGCGGCUCUCUACUUUCUCAUAGUAUUUUGUCACGAGUGUUCUGUCUUCUUAUCAAGAUGGUUCAACUCAUCGGCAAUUACAUAGACACCAAGAAGAAGGCGACAUGGAGAUACAUAGAGGAAUGGCAGGGAACCCUGUACUCCAUGGUUGUGUUUGGAGCAACCAUGGUGGUGAUGUUCUGGGCGAGUGUGUUCCUCUACACAUCGUUCUACUUCACAUAUAUGCCCCAGGAGUCCAUUACGUGGCCAAUGCACUUCCAGUACAAAGCGUGUGAGGAUCGGCCAGGCAUCUGCACCAACCCAGAGGCUAUCAUCAGUGUGACUGAUCCUGCAAGGGGUUCCCUCCUUGCCCGUGGCCAGAAGUACCGCGUUGUGGUUGAUUUGGAAAUGCCAGAGUCGACAACCAACCAGAAGCUAGGUAAUGAACCGCACCUUUUCUCCUCAGGGAUGUUCCUGGUCUCCAUGGACAUGCGCAGCCACGGGGGGGAGUCGCUGCGGCAGGCCUCGCGCUCCACCAUGCUCCGCUACAAGUCCAGCCUCCUGCAGACCAUCUCCACCAUGGCCUUCGCCCCCUUCUUCCUCUACGGGGUUCAGGAGGAAAAGCAGAUGGUCACGGUCGAGCUGUUCUCGCAGUACGAGGAAGAUCCUGUGACUCCUCUGUCUGAGGUCUACGUGCGGCUGGCCACGAAGCAUGUCGAGUUGUAUGGAGCCCAACUGCGUAUCCAUGCAGUGUUCUCUGGUCUGCGUUACCUCAUGUAUCACUACCCACUCACAGCUGCUGCUUUGGGGAUUGGUAUCUGCAUGGUGUUCCUGUCAGCUGUUGUCAUAUUAAGUUGGUAUCAGUUCUCCGGCUCAGCAGGCAAGCAGCUGGGUGGGCCAAGGCAAGUUAGCUUCCCUAAUGGCCGUGCAACAGGCAUUGGUCCUGGAAGGUCUGCAGGGGCUGGUGUGCAACCCAUGGAUGCCCUCCCCAAGGUGGCUCCCGCAGCCGCCAGAAGGUCAGGGCUCGAGAUCCCCCCCAAAGCGAAGGAGGAGCCCCCAAGUGAGGAGGCAAAGGAGGUGGCAAAGGAUGAAGAAGGUGAUGUAGAUGGCAGGGCUGCACUACCAGUGGAGCACGAGACAGAGGAGAACGACAUCCCAGCACAGCAAGGGUCUGAGGCCGAGGGACGAGACAGUGACGAGUUUGAGGUUGUUUGCCCUUCGAAGAAUCCAGCUAAUGAAGAGACCAGGAGAAAGCUAUCAAGUGCAUGUGACGAGGAUACCGUCCUUCGGCAACGUGUCCAGCAUAUCGACGCCGAGCCUUAAAGGGCAUCGUCUGGACAGUAGAAGCAUAGCGAGAGACUAAUCUUUUCUAGUGUGUGCUGGGAUAUCAAGCCUCGUACAGUUUUAUUUUUGCUGUGUAAAAAAGAAUGGGAAAGGUUGAUUGUAUGAUAAUAAGAUUAGUAUCAUUGUUUUUGAAAAUCUUGUUCCUUUGUGGUUUUUGUCUUUUAUGUGGGCCAAAGCAACUGUUUGUUUUUUUUGUUGGUGAAAUGAUUGUUUUAUUUGUUGUCUUAGUAUAAUGAGAGCAAAAUUUGAAAAUAUGUAAUGAUACACUGAAUGCUUAGAUGUGUUUUAGAUUGGAGUCAAAUUUGGCAGUUUUAGAACCAAAUGGUACCAUAGUUACUGUCAUUGAUGAAAUAAUACAAAAAAAAAGGUUACUCUAUUUCAAGCUAACUAAGUCAUUAACUGAUGUUGCUCAGAGUUGCAAGUUCUUUCCUAGACAUACCAGCAGUAUUAAAGAGGUAGUCGAUCAGUUCUUCCAUCCCCUUUCUAGAUCUCUCUCUCCUCUCCUCUCCUCUCUUCUCUUUCUCCAUUUGCCUCCCUCCCCUUCCCCCCCCACUCUCUCUCUCUCUCUCUCUCUCUCUCUCUCUCUCUCUCUUCUCUCUUCUCUUUCUCUUUCUCUCUCUCUCUCUCUCUCUCUCUCUCUCUCUCUGACUCUGCUCCUACAUAUCUCCCUACUCCCUACCCUGCCCCCUUCUCUCUCUUUCUCAAUCACGAUUUUCAAGCAGUUUUUUAUGUCUCGUGUUCAUUCAUACAUUUGUCGAGUAGAAGUAAGCUUCAUUACCCUUGUAAAAGCAGUCAAUAGAAAGCCAGUCUUCAUUAUUGCA